AUGCCUUCCGCAGAGACAAAGCCGAAGACCUUGUAUGAUAAGGUCUUCGACGCCCACGUCGUUAAUGAGCAAGAAGAUGGCACUGUUCUGCUCUAUAUCGACCGGCAUCUUGUGCACGAGGUGACCUCACCUCAAGCUUUUGAGGGUCUGAAGAACGCUAGCCGCAAGGUCCGCCGGCCGGACUGCACCUUGGUGACUGUUGAUCAUAACAUCCCCACGUCGUCGCGGAAAAACUUCAAGAACGCCGAGCAAUUCAUCGAAGAGACUGACUCGCGUCUGCAAUGCACAACCCUCGAGGAGAACGUCAAGGACUUCGGCCUGACCUACUUUGGCAUGGGUGACAAGCGCCAGGGUAUCGUUCACAUCAUUGGCCCCGAGCAGGGCUUCACCCUGCCCGGCACCACCGUCGUCUGCGGAGACAGUCACACCUCGACACACGGUGCUUUCGGCUCCCUUGCCUUCGGUAUCGGUACCAGUGAGGUCGAGCACGUCCUCGCGACCCAGACCCUCAUCACCCGCCGCAGCAAGAACAUGCGCAUCCAGGUCGACGGUCAGCUUCCGCCCGGCGUCACCAGCAAGGAUGUCGUCCUCCACAUUAUCGGUGUCAUUGGAACAGCCGGUGGCACUGGUGCCGUUAUUGAGUUCUGUGGAUCCGUUAUCCGCGGCCUGAGCAUGGAGGCGCGUAUGUCCAUGUGUAACAUGUCAAUCGAGGCUGGUGCGCGUGCAGGCAUGAUUGCGCCAGACGAGACCACCUUCGAGUACCUCAAGGGCCGUCCCCUUGCUCCCAAGUACGACAGCGCCGAGUGGAAGAAGGCUGUCAACUACUGGUCCAGCUUGAAGUCCGAUGCCGAUGCUGUGUACGAUACCAACGUCGUCCUGGACGGCAAGGACAUCAUUCCCACGAUCUCCUGGGGUACCUCCCCCCAAGAUGUUAUCCCUAUCACUGGUGUUGUUCCUGGUCCCGAUGAUUUCCAGGAUGAGAACCGCAAGGCUUCGUGCAAGCGCGCUCUCGAGUAUAUGGGUCUCACCGCGGGAACCCCUAUGAAGGAGGUCGUCGUUGACAAGGUCUUCAUUGGAUCAUGCACCAACGCCCGUAUUGAGGAUCUGCGUGCUGCCGCCAAGGUGGUCAAUGGCCGCAAGGUUGCUUCCAACAUCAAGCUUGCCAUGAUUGUGCCCGGAUCGGGUCUGGUCAAGGCGCAAGCUGAGUCUGAGGGUCUAGACCAGAUUUUCACUAACGCUGGCUUCGAGUGGCGCGAGGCUGGCUGCUCCAUGUGCCUGGGAAUGAACCCGGAUAUCCUCCAGCCCCAAGAGCGCUGCGCCAGUACCUCUAACCGCAACUUCGAGGGUCGCCAGGGUGCCGGUGGCCGUACUCACCUCAUGUCGCCCGCCAUGGCUGCGACCGCUGCCAUCGUCGGUAAGCUGGCCGAUGUCCGCGAGCACGUCUCUGCUAGCCCCGUUGCUGCCAAGGCCGAGCCCAAGGUCGAUGUCCAGCAGGACUAUGACUCCCCUGAAACCGAGGACGAACUCGACCGCGUCCUUGACCUGCCGGCCGACAACGAGCCUCACACCAACACCUCGGUUGGCAGCAGUGCCGGUCUGCCCAAGUUUACCACUCUGAAGGGUAUCGCUGCGCCGAUGGACCGCGCCAACGUCGACACCGACGCCAUCAUCCCCAAGCAGUUCCUCAAGACCAUCAAGCGCACUGGUCUGGGCUCGGCUGCCUUCCACGAGCUCCGCUACACCAACGGCCAGGAGAACCCAGACUUCAUUCUUAACCAGGGCGUCUACCGCAACGCUAAGAUUCUGGUCGUGACGGGCCCCAACUUCGGCUGCGGCAGCUCGCGUGAGCACGCCCCCUGGGCUCUGCUGGACUUCGGCAUCAAGUGUAUCAUUGCCCCGUCCUUCGCCGACAUCUUCUUCAACAACACCUUCAAGAACGGCAUGCUUCCCGUUGUCAUCUCCGACGAAGCUGCCUUGCAGAAGGUCGCCGCUGAGGCCCGUGCCGGCCGCGAAGUCGAGGUCGACCUUGUCAACCAAGAGAUCAAGGAUGCCCAGGGCAACAAGAUUGUUGGCUUUGAUGUCGAGAGCUUCCGUAAGCACUGCCUCAUCAACGGCCUGGAUGACAUCGGUAUUACCCUUCAAAUGGAAGGAAAGAUCCGUUCUUUCGAGACUAAGCGCAGCCUUGAGACUCCCUGGCUCGAUGGCAGCGGCUACCUCAAGCGUGGCAACCGCGGUGCCACCAUGGUUGAGGCAGCUCCCGUCCCCAAGACCAAUCGGGGUGACGUGAAGAACGAGCCUCUCGAGUGGUAA